AUGGCUUCUACCCCGACGACAAGCAGCAAUCCGUCGCCCGCGCCCGCAUCGCUCGAAUGUUCCGAAAGCCUCCCGGCGAUCCAGAAAAGUUGGGCUGUUGAGUCGACGCGCCUCUUCGUGCCCCCAUAUGCGCCGAAGAAGGAGUUCAAGGAGGUCGAGAAGCUGGACGGUGACGACGUGAAGCUGAUCAACGAGUUGAGCCGAUUGAGCCCGGCUCAAAUGUGCGAGUACAUCAGGAACCUCGACAACAAGGCGUAUGUCAUUGGGAUAGAAGAGGCCCGCCAAUUCGCCCGCGCCAAGAUGAUCCAGAUAUUCAAGCCGAAGGAGAUU